AUAGGUAGAAUGAACAGCAGCUCUCCUCUACCAAUAUGGCUUCAUCUCUUUUACCGGAAGUGGAUACCUCGCCAUCUUUGUAGAGGCGUUGAAGUGUGAUUGAAAAGAAGGGGACUCUCAGGCGUGAAAAUGGAGUUUCCGGGGAGCAGCGACAAUUACCUUACAAUCACAGGACCAGGACACCCCUUCCUUACAGGGACAGAGACUUUUCACACACCCAGCCUUGGAGAUGAGGAGUUUGAGAUUCCGCCCAUCUCCCUUGAUUCCGAUCCCUCCUUGGCUGUAUCUGAUGUAGUUGGCCACUUUGAUGACCUUUCUGACCCUUCUGGAGUGCAAGAUGAGGGUUUUGCUACACAAUAUGGUGUACAGACUUUGGACAUGCCAGUUGAGAUGACCCAUGAAGUGAUGGACCAGACUGGAGGGCUCCUUGGAGCUGGAUUGGCUAUGGAUUUGGAUCAUCCCAUAGUCACUCCAUAUAGUGCAAAUCCUCCUGUCACCAUAGAUGUAUCAAUGACAGACAUGUCAUCUGGAAUUCUGGGACACAGCCAGCUUACCACUAUCGAUCAGUCAGAGCUGAGCUCCCAACUUGGUCUGAGCCUAGGUGGAGGGGCUAUCCUUCAUCCUGUCCAGUCUCCAGAGGACCAUCUUUCCCCCACCCCAUCACCAACUAGCUCUCUGCAUGAUGAAGACAUGGAAGACUUCAGAAGGAUAACUGCCCCUAAGAGCAUAAUUGUGGAGCAAGCCAAGAAGCCGAAAACUCCCAAGAAGAAAAAGAAGAAGGACCCAAAUGAGCCACAGAAACCACUGUCUGCAUAUGCUUUAUUUUUCCGUGACACACAAGCUGCCAUCAAGGGACAGAACCCCAAUGCUACUUUUGGGGAAGUGUCAAAAAUUGUGGCAUCUAUGUGGGACAGCCUAGGAGAGGAGCAAAAACAGGUUUACAAGAGGAAAACAGAGGCAGCUAAAAAGGAAUAUCUAAAGGCACUGGCACUGUAUAAAGCAAAUCAACUAUCGCAGGUUGCUGUUGACACAGUAGAUUUGGACCCCCCAGCUGUCCCUGCUCUACUGUCCGAAUCGCCUGUUCCAUCCCCUUCUAUAGUAACUGCCACCAGCAUUCCUGAGUGUGCGUCUUCUCCCUCUGCACCUAGUCCCCCAUCUCAGACAGUGGCUGCACCUCAACAAAGUAUUGCUAAAAUAAUCAUUUCAAAACAGAUACUGCCAGCUGGACUGAGCUCUACCUCUAUAGCCAUGUCCCAGGGUGUCGUAACUGUUAUUCCUGCCACUGUGGUGACAUCUCGUGGACUUCCUUUAUCUCAACUUCAACCUAGUCCUCAGGCUCAGAGGAUAACCCGUUCAGUGUUACAGGCAGCCAUGCAGAUGCCACCACGCCUACAGCCACCACCCUUGCAGCAAAUGCAGCAGCCCCCAAGACUUCAGCAGAUGGCCCCUGCUCAGCAGCCUUCAAUCACUAUCCUGCAAUCACCACCUCCACUACAACCAAUGCAGAAAGUGCGCCUAAGUCUGCAGCAGCCUCCUCCACUCCAAAUUAAAAUUAUCCCUCCUCCGCUGCAACCACAGCCCCAAGUUGUUCAAGUGCAAAAUCAAAGCCUAUCAGUCAUUAAUGUUCCCACUUCUUUUGAGGCCCCUGCCUCACCCCCUGAGCAACUGGAGGUGUUACCUGAAGUGGUCCAAGAGGAGUCUCCCCCACCUCAGAUGGAUGUUGAGCUUGUGAGCAGCUCUCCCCCUCCCAGCCUCUCUCCUCAGCCUCAAUGUGUCCGUUCCGGAUGUGAGAACCCACCAGUAGAAUGCAAAGAUUGGGACAACGAGUAUUGCAGUAAUGAGUGUGUAGUGAGACACUGCAGAGACACUUUCAUGGCAUGGGUUUCUACACGCAGUCAGGGCACACUUGCAUCUGUAAAAUAACACUCAUUCCCCUGUGUGGGGGGACAUGUUAUGGGAACCUGUGGAGAGAGCCCUAUAACUCUUGUGGAUACUGCAACUAUCCAAGAGACGUGUUUUUACAGACUGCUCUGUAUAUACAAGUAUAUGCCUCCAAAAAGGCAAGGAGAAAGGACCAUUACUUUGGAGAGUAUAUGGAUUAUAUAAGCCCCUUGGCAAGAAAGUGCUAUGUGACUCAAUUUGGUGUGCAAGAUUUCCAUUUUGCACUGGAAACAAAUUCCUAUUUUAUUUUACGCUUUCCUUUAAUUUUAUUUUUUUUAAGAGUGUAACGGCUGUCUUUGGUAUGAUCAAGAUUAAGAGAAAAAUCUCAAACUCUCUUCAGCUAGUCUGAGCUGCCGAGUUGGUUACAUCACUUUUGCUUUACCUCGUGAUAGAAUUGCAAGGGCCAUUCUAAAAGAAAUUAUGUAUAUAUCCAUCUGAAACAUAAUAUCCUAUUAGGAGCAGAUCAAGAAAUUCCUCCCACCACUGUCAUUCUGACAAAUGCAGUUCAAUGAAGGACACAAAUAUAAAGUAUGCAUGCCUUGCAAUACAGAAAAUAUACUGUUUUAGCAAGGCUCCUUAGAAAAGUUAAGUAUGUUCUGGCAAAUCUGGUUAGAUUAGAUUUGUGCCGAUCAAACUGGUCAAAUUGGGUGGCUGUUUUAAAAAAACUGAAAGUUUGUUUUGAAAACAUAAACCGUAUUACUCUGUUCUCUGAGGGGACUGGUAUUCAGCUUAAUUGCUUUUUAAUGCAGCAUUUUCCAAAUGGACACAAACUAGAACAAAUUUUAAGUAGUGUUUGUUCACAGAGGGAAACAGUUGGCAGCACUAGCCGCACUGUUUAUUGGUGCUUUUGAAAAGCUCAGGGAAAACUAGAUAAGUGCUGGAGUGAAUAACCAGAAAAGGCCAGUGGUGCAUCACUUUAAUGGCAGAGCAAGUCGAUGCACUAAGUUAGCUUCAAUCAGAACCAACGUAGAACCAAGAAUUUCACUUGCACUCAAAGGCAGAUAAACGCAGGGAUAUACCCUUGCACUUUAUUGGCAGAAAGGUGCAACGUUUCGGGGAUGUCCCCUUUGUCUUAAAUAGAAAAUUGCCAUUUUAAAAAAAUAAGGGCUGCCCCCUGGGUUCGUAGGAUUCUGUCUUUUGCUUCCACACUUCUUCCUCAUAGAGUUGUAGUAUUUCUGGUCAGGUUAUCGCUGAGGCAGCACACAGACCAUCGUGAAAUGGUGGCUCAAGGCAAGAGAUGUAAAAGGGCAAUAUUUAUUUAAAUAAACAGUAUAUACCAGUUUGGUAAGAUUCUUCAAAGAGAUGCUGACACCAGAAAAUAAGCUUUUUUUUUUAAUAUCUAUCAUAACAUUAUCGUUGAAUGCUAUUUAUAAUUUUGCCAUAAAAGUAUCUGCCUGAUGCUUUUACAUUACCUUUCUUACCCCCUUUUUCCCUAUGAGGGUGCUGAUAUAUUUGUGCAGCAGUAGUCUGUUAGCAUUAGAAACUCUAACUGACAAGCUGAUAUGGGACAGUCAGGUCAGGUUUAGGAACUUCAUUUUGAAAUAUAAUUUUGUGUCAGUAUCACUUUAAUAUGCCACUUAAUUUGAUAUAAACUAUCCGUUGCUUACAUAUUCAUUUUGGUGGUAAAGUGUUCCUUUAAAGCCAAACUUCAGUUAAUGUCUUUAUGCCUUUCAACACUAUAUCAGCUCUAAUUGACAGUGGAUCACAUUUAUACCUAUAUUUCAGCAUUAGGUGAAAAGUGAUCUAGCAAGAAAAUACCAUCUUGUGUAUUUUUUUUUGUAUUCGGCAGCAGUGCUGUUGAAGUUAAAGAGAAACUUAUGUCUUAGUGGUUUAAAUUUGGUUUGAUUAAAGUGCAGAGAUUUUUUUUUUUUUUUUCAGCGGACUGUAUUGGCUCCCAGUGGCUGUGACUCCUUUCAAGCAGUAUAGGUGUGAUUAAGAGUCACCCAUGAAACCAUAUUUGUUAAAAUUGAUUGCAGCAAUCUGUAGCUGGGAGGCAAUAAAUAAUUUUUUUUAAAACUAUGGUGAAACCAAAUUCUUGUUAAAUGUAUGACAAAUCACUAAUGUAAAAUUGUUCUUAUGGUAUGUUGGGGCAGAAUAAAUUAUGUAUGAACAGUG